AUGACUUCUGAUAGAAUAGGCAUUCACAGUUACAAGCUUUUGGAAUCGCGGUUGACAGUUUUGAAAGGUCUAGAGGCACAUCUGAUUCUUGAGAACAAAGAAGAGUUCAAGAAGACUUACAGAAAUAUCCUAGGAAUUCUUAAUACUGAAGUCAACACCACAGUUUUAGCACUUACUCUGGAAGAAUACUCUCAUAUAUUGGGGGUUGGGAUUAAGAAUCGAGUUCCUUUUGUCUGCACUAAAGAACUCCCUAAAUCUCAUAUUGUUGCUGAAGCCCUUCAUCUAGAGAAGAAGGAAGUGGAGCUGAAUCUUAAGCUUAAGGGUGGAAUUCAUGGUUUUACCUCGAAGUUUAUGGUAGAUAAGGCCACUACUUUUUCCAACGCUGGAAGCUGGAUGGAUUUCAAUGUUGUUCUAACUUUACUCAUCUAUGGGAUUGUAUUGUUUCUGAAAAUUGAAGACUUUAUGGAUUUGGCUGCUAUCCAUAUCUUUCUAAUGAAGAAUCAUAUUCCUACUAAUGUUACUGAUACUUACUACUCUAACCAUGUGAGGACUCAGAAGAAGAAAGGAACCAUUAUAUGUUGUAUCCCUUUGUUGUAUAUAUGGUUUAUUUCGCAUCUACCUAGCAAAGGUCCUUUCAUUGAGAAUAAAGGAAAUCUGAAGUGGUCUCAAAGGAUCAUGUCCUUGAAUGCUGAAGAUAUUUCCUGGUACUCUAGAAGCUACGAUAAUGUCAAGCUCAUCCACAACAAUGGUGAUUUCCUUAAUGUACCUCUUCUUUGUACAAAAGGUGGCAUCAACUACAACCCGAGAUUGGCACUGUGCUAG